AUGCCACUCUCCAGCCGCUCGCUCCCUGCCUUGGGUCUGCAGCUUCGAGCUCGCCUCCGGCUUCUUCUCCAGCACAGUCCAGGCCCAAAGCCGGCGGACGCCUCCUCCUCUCCCGGCUUGCCCAAGGGAGAAAAAGAACAGCAAGAAGCAAUUGAACAUAUCGAUAAACUACAAAAUGAAAUAGACAGACUUAAUGAACAAGCCAGUGAGGAGAUUUUGAAAACAGAACAGAAAUAUAAUAAACUCCUCCAACCGUUUUUCCAGAAGAGGUCAGAACUGAUCGCCAAAAUCCCAAAUUUUGGGGUAACAACAUUUGUCAACCAUCCACAAGUGUCUGCACUGUUUGGGGAGGAGGAGGAGGAGGCACUGCAUCACCUGACCAGAGUUGAAGUGACAGAAUUUGAAGAUAUAAAAUCAGGUUACAGAAUAGAUAUUUAUUUUGAUGAAAAUCCUUAUUUUAAAAAUAAAGUUCAUUCCAAAGAAUUUCAUCUGAAUGAGAGCGGUGAUCCAUCUUCAAAGUCCACUGAAAUCAAAUGGAAGUCUGGAAAGGAUUUGACAAAGCUCUCUAGUCAAACGCAGAAUAAAGCCAGCAGGAAGCGGCAGCAUGAGGAACUACUUGGUUUGCUGACCACUCAGACGCUUGUGCAGUUGGGAGAGGUCAUCAAAGACGACAUCUGGCCAAACCCAUUGCAGUGCUACCUGGUUCCAGACAUGGAUGAUGAGGAGGGAGAAGGGGAAGAGGAUGAUGAUGAUGAAGAAGAGGAGGAAGGAUUGGAAGAUAUUGAUGAAGAAGGGGAUGAGGACGAAGGGGAAGAAGACGAAGAUGAUGAUGAAGGGGAAGAAGGAGAGGAGGAUGAAGGAGAAGACUAAUAGAAAACACUGAUGGAUUCCAACUUUUUUUUCUUAAUUUUCUCCAGUCCCUGGGAGCAAGUUGCUGUCUUCUCCCCCUCUGUGCUCAGUUGCCCUGUUCUUGAGGUCUAAAACUUUUCUCAAAACACCAUGGUUCUCAACUUAUUUGGCAAGGGGGGGGUGGGAAUACCUUGCCCAGAAUACAACGGGAAAAGAAUCUCCACACACCUCUGUUCUAAAUUCAUUUUUAUCCCUUUCUGUCUCAACCAAAAACUGUACGGAAUCAACACCACCACCACCGCCACCUGCUCUGUGGGAAACAAGAAAGGCCUCUGGUUGCUUUGCUCUGCUGGAGGCACCAGGCCCUGUGUAGUAGUGCAUAGAUUCUAGCUUUUCUCCUCCUUCCUCUGUAUAUUGGGCUCAGAGAUUACACUGUGUCUAUGUGAAUACGGACAGUUAGCAUUGCCAACAUGUAUCUGUCUACUUUCUCUUGUUU